UCUUGUUUCCCAUAAUUCCCAAAUAAAAGAGGCAAACAAAAAGCCUCUGAUUGCGUCUUAAUAUCAUUAAGUCAUAAAUAACUCUGCAAUAAUUAUUUUGAGAGACUUUUGAAACAUAACGUUAGUUGUUAUAUUCCUGCGCAUUUCAAAUUCACUGUUUCACACGCUCACCGUAAAUGUAUUGAGCUGUUGUAAGGAUGUGUUCUCCUAGAGAGCCACGAGGAGGAUGUCACUGAUCCUGUUUGCCUUCGUUGUCCGGGUCAGGGAUGGACUCCCUCUCUCCGCCUCCACUGAUUUCCUGCAUAAUAAGGAACUUCAGGAGAGAAAGCAACAGCUGAAAGUGAUCUCAAAAUCCCUAAGUUCAUUACCAGAGAGAGGGACAUUCAAGGGCCAUGAGCUCAACAUUCACUUCCUCUCAUCUGAGGGUGUGUCCUACAUGACCGUAUGUGCAUGCGGUCUCCCUGCUGCCACGGCCUUCUGCUUCUUGGAAGACUUGCGCUGGGAAUUCACAGCAUGCUUUGACGACUCUGCCGUGGCCCUGGCAAGCAGGCCAUACCCCUUUCUGGAGUUUGGUAGGAUGACAAAUAAAAAUAGUGCCAUUCAAAAACUUCAGCAGCAUUAUAAUCAGAAAGGGGGUCCAUCUCUGGAGGUCACCCUGGCUGAGGUACAGGAAGACCUCAGAACCAGCCCCCCUCAGGUUCUCACCAUAGAGCACAUGACACUCACCAAUGGAGCAGCCAAUGGGCAUGUAGAACAAACAGCUGCAUCAGGUCAAAGUCAGAGAUUGGAACCAGUUUCCGCACCAGGGAUCCUCUCACUGGUUCUUAACAUCAUGUGUGCUGCCCUCAACCUUAUACGUGGUUUCCAUCUUAUUGAAUACACCUUCCAGGAUGAUUAUGAUGGUUUGUGGAAUGUGGUGGCAUUUCUUUUGGCAUUUCUUUGCUGUGUUUGCCAGUGUCAUCUGUACUUGUUCCAUACCUGCCAGAAGAAGCUGAAGUCCUUUACUCUCCUGACUCUCAUCAUCUUAUGCAAUGCUUUUCUCUUUGGCCUGAGGAACAUCUGGCAGCUGGGCUUCCACAUGUCCGUGGCCUGCCUCUCCACGCUGCUCACCGUCCACCGCAAACCGCUGGACAGGAACAUGGACUGUGGGGUCUGAGAAGGAUUUCAGCUGGCCGUGGAUAGCAGUAGAGUGAGAGACCAAAAGAAUGGACGGGACUUUACAUGUGAUCUGGUGGCUGGUCGCUUUGGUUUCGAUCUAAUGUUAUGAUCAAAUGUUGAUUUUGUUUCACAUGGCUUUUCUACAGGGGUCUUCAAUUCCAUUGAUGCAUAUCAGAAAUCAAGUUUUUAAUGACAUGUAAAUGUAAAAUAGUGAAAUUGAUGAGCAGACAUGGAGUAAUUGUUUUGUUGGUUAUGAAAGUUAAUUUAAUUUUAUUUAUUUGCUGCAAAAUAAGAAUACUUAUUGUUUAAGCUCAUGUGAGCUGUUAAUCUUUGUUUGCUUUUAUGUAUGAAGGAUUUUUUUGUUAUCCAUUUAAUUGUUAUAAAGCUAUAGAUGCACGUAUAUUGCAUAUAAAUAACUAAAAUAAGGCAAGAUGGUGACCUCGGGUGAUUUCGGGUUUUGUUUCAAUUUCAGGCAUUUUAGGUUAUGAAGGAUAUUUAGUCAAUAACUAUUUCAAGUCCUUUGGAACAUGAUUUUGUGUUUUUAUUUUGCACCGUGUCAAUUAGUAAUGGGUUACUCCACAAUACCUUAAUUUUUUUGUAUUAUAUUAGUACUGUUAAUUGUAUACAAAGCACAUUCAGGUUGUUCAGCUAGUCUUAUGCCAUUUUUUACCUCAAACAAGAUAAUUUUGUCUAGCCUACCUUUCUAUGAUAUUCAUCCCGAAGACUAUAAAUCAGAUAUUAUUUCAACAAAUUAUCAUAAUACAGCAUUCAUUCAUCAAGUCAGCAAGAUGUAGAGGUGCUUAAGAAUUGUUGGAAGUCCACAUCUGUUUUCUUAACCAAAAAAAGGUCAUUUCUAAACAACGAUUUAAGAAUGAUGAGUUACAGAGCCUCGUUUACGUAUUAAUAUGUCAUUUAUUUGCACUAGUAUUCUUCAUGAAAUAGACAUUUUGACAAAUAGACAAACUUUUUUUGUCUGUUUGUUUGUUUUGCAGCAGACAAGUAUUAUAAUUCAAUAAGUUUGAGUAAAAUUAAGUUCAGUUGGUUUACAUUAAUCUUCCAUCCAUUAAAUAUGUUUAAAAUAAUAAGUAUGCAUCAUGUUAUACUGACACAGAAUAGGAAGAUUGUACACUGCAUUUCUGUUUAUUGCAAAUGUUGUGCACUUCAAGCAAUUAGCAUGGAAUAAUGCAUUUAAUUUAAUCUGAAAAAUUUUUAUAAGCAAGCUGUGCUUCUAAAUGGUUCGUGCAGAGUUGGGGCAAAAAUGUGAUUUUGCUGUGUUGUAGCAGCAGCUUGCAUCUAAAGGUUCUGGCCUGGAUAACAUUUAGUUCUGUGGUAAAGCUACGGUUUGUUCAUGGCAAUGCCUUACGAUUACAGAUAGCUAAACAGAGGAGUGAGAAUCUGUGUAUUAUCAUUUAAAAAUGUGAAAGAUGUGUAAUAAAUCUCAUUCUAAUUGUAAUGAUAAUGUAAGGGCUCUGUUUCUAUCGACUGAUUUUUUGGUUUUCUUCACAGUAUAGCAUAAUACAAAAUUAAAACAACAUGUUCUGAUCUGUAAUCAUGGUUUCUUAUACAGUUUUAAAGAGGGUUGCUGGGGUCACAGUGGGGCCCUGAGCCAUUAAAACUGAUACAUAUUUACUCACUCCUCAUAUAAUACAUGGAGUACUGUGUUUGUUGAAUCUGUGAGAUGUGUAUUUUUAUAAAAAAUAAUUUUUCAUGUAGUAGAUCAGAUUGAGUGUUUAGUCACACAACUGAGAGAAUCUGUAUUUAGAUCGAUUGUAUCUCAUGGAUUUGUGACCCAUUGGUUUUUAAAGCCUGUGUCAGUGAACUGUAAUUGAUGCUGGAGGUUAUUACUUAUGCACUUUUAUGUUUAGUAAUAAUGAAAGCUUGAGACCAAUAUUGUUGUGCAUCAACCAACAUUUGAUGAUGCAUGCAUUUAAAACCUUUUUUAUUUUUUAAAUGCCAGAUUUUCUCAAUGGACACACUCACUUUUUUCUUUUUUCAAAUGGACGUUUGAAUUGGUUUCGUUACCUGGAAACUGCUCUUUUAACUUCAACCAACAUGAACCUCCAGCAGCCAAGUAAAAGUCUUUUAAAUAGUGAGCCGUUAUGUGAGAAUUAUUCUGUGGAAGAUUCCGCCAUCAAAAAAAAAAGAAAAGAAAAAGGUUAAAUGCGCCUGAAUGCAACCAGAAUUUAAAUAAAAUUAACAGGAUUGUGAGAAUAUGGAGUUUUUUUUCUGUCAUGGAAAAUUAACUUUCUAUGUCACAAUUAACUUUUUUUUCGCAGUUCUGAGUUAGCAAUUUUGGGAAAUAUGACAAAAUAUGAAAAAAAACAGAAUUCUAAGAAAAGGUCAGUAAACUCAAAUAUUUUUUAUUUGAUCAAUCUAUCCCGUGGUGGAAACGAGCUUCAAUAUUAUUCCCUUUUUGCAACUUGUUUGUUGCUAAAACAGAUUCAGACAUUUAAUAAAACAACAGCUGAACAUAAAAA